AUGAUAGAGAAAAUGUACGUCAUGUGAUUGUGGAUUCUUUUUUUCGCACGAAGCAGUCACCUGUCGGCCGAGAAAAAUACAAUUACGCCUGCAAUUAGACAGACAAAAAAACGUGCAAGAUGGCGCCACAAAUACGCACAGUCGUAACGCAAACAUUUCUAUGGCUCUUCCUCGCCGCUGCCACCAUACUUAUCCUCUACUUUGUUAUGACUGGCAAGGGCGAACGCGUCAGCGUUGGCUGGUUCCUGGCCUCCUCAAGCCCGUACAUGUGGGCCUGCCUAGGCAUCGGACUAUCCGUCUCCCUGUCCGUCGUCGGCGCCGCCCUUGGCAUACACACCACGGGCACCAGCAUUGUGGGCGGCGGCGUCAAGGCGCCACGCAUUAAGACCAAGAAUCUGAUAUCGGUCAUCUUCUGCGAGGCCGUCGCCAUCUACGGCCUGAUCACGGCCAUUGUGCUCUCCGGCCAGCUGGAGCAGUUCAAAAUGGAAUCGGCGCUAGCCAGCGAGAGCGUCAUGAACCAGAAUUGGUUCUCGGGCUAUUUGAUUUUCGGUGCAGGUCUUGCCGUUGGUCUGGUCAACUUGUUCUGCGGCAUUGCGGUCGGCAUUGUGGGCUCCGGCGCUGCGCUUUCGGAUGCAGCGAAUGCUGCGCUAUUUGUUAAGAUACUGAUUGUGGAGAUUUUCGGCUCGGCCAUUGGACUCUUUGGUCUGAUUGUGGGCAUCUAUAUGACAUCCAAGGCCAAAAUGGGCGAUAAGGAUUAAGUGGACGCAACAGCACGCUCGCAGUCUAUUGUGUCACGCGCUCCAUCAACCCACAACAACAACAACAACA